AUGGGCCGGAAAAAAAUACAGAUCAGCCGAAUACUGGAUCAACGGAACCGGCAGGUGACCUUCACCAAGCGGAAAUUCGGGCUGAUGAAGAAGGCGUACGAGCUGAGUGUCCUGUGCGACUGUGAGAUCGCCCUCAUCAUCUUCAACAGCACCAACCGCCUCUUCCAGUACGCCAGCACCGACAUGGACAAGGUGCUGCUCAAGUACACGGAGUACAGCGAGCCCCACGAGAGCCGCACCAACUCUGACAUCCUCGAGACGCUGAAGCGCAAGGGGCUGGGGCUGGAGAGCCACGAGCUGGAGCUGGACGAGGGGCCGGAUCCCGGGGAGAAGGCACGGAGGCUGAGCGAGGGCAUGGACCUGUCGGUGGCACGGCCCAGGUUUUACACCCCGGCACCGCUGCCCGAGGCAGCCUCCGGCAGGCCCCCACCCCCCGCCGCCGGGCCCACCGGGGCCGCAGCGGGCCCCCCGCAGGCCCAGGGCCGCCCGCCCACCUUCAAGCCAGCAGCACCAAAGCCACCGGGACGCUCGCCGGGGCCGCUGCCCCCAGCUGGCGAGCCCCCGCCGCCCCCCGGCUUCCUGCAGCCCGGCCCCACGGCAUGGCAGCACCCACGGGACAUGGCAACGCUGGGGGUCAGCAGCCGGAUCGUCCCUGCCGAAGAGCCGGCCCCAGUGCCCGGUGCCUCCCCACAACACCAAGCCAUCAGCAUCAAGUCGGAGAGGGUCUCCCCGGGGCUGGGCUGCCCCUCGGGCACCCCCCAGCCCCCCCUGGCCAGCCUGGCCUCCCUGAGCGAAGCCUCCCGAGGCCCCGGAGACCACCAGCCACGGGAUGACUACGCCAAGGGGUCCCCCUACCCCCUGGGGCCCCCCCAGCCGCUGGCGGAGGAGCAGCGGGCCCCCGUCCCUGCGCGGCGGGCGCAGGCCAUGGACGCUUGGCAGAGAUAG